UUUACGGUUUCCAUCCAAUUUUGCAGCAGUAGUCUACUAUCCUAGAGUUGGAAAUGGAUGUGAAAAGCAAGAUUUUGAUCAUUGGGGGCACUGGAAACAUCGUGAAAUAUUUAGUGGAAGCGAGCGCAAAAGCAGGGCACCCAACAUUUGCACUGGUCCGAGAAAGCACAAUUUCAGAUCCUAAAAGGGCAGCCAUCAUAGAGAGUUUCAAGAGUUUGGGAGUCAUAUUUCUUCAUGGAGAUCUACACAAUCAUCAGCAGUUGGUAAAUGCAAUCAAACAAGUUGACAUAGUGAUCUCUGCAGUCGGGGGAGAUUUGGUAGCUCAUCAAGUUAAGAUUAUUGAAGCAAUUAAAGAAGCUGGAAACAUCAACAGAUUUGUACCUUCUGAAUUUGGGGUUGAUGUGGAUCGUGUGCAUGCUGUUGAACCUGCUGCUAGCUUAUGCAGGACCAAGGUUGAGAUCCGCAGAGCAAUUGAGGCAGAAGGGAUACCUUACACUUACUCUGCAAGUCCUCCCAGAGACAAGAUUGUCAUUCUUGAUGAUGGAAGUCCAAAAGUUGUUUUCACCAAGGAAGAAGACAUUGCUGCAUACACCAUCAAAGCAGCAGAUGACCUAAGGACUCUGAACAAGAGUGUGUACAUUACACCCCCUGCCAACACUUUGUCCUACAAUGAAAUAGUAUCAUUGUGGGAAAAGAAAAUCGGCAUGACCCUCGAAAAGACCUACGUUCCAGGGGACGACGUUCUUAAGAAAAUUCAAGGUCAUCUAACAAAAGAAAAAAAAGGCUUCAAUGCCAUUAAAAUUGCUCCUGUCUUUGGCAUACACAUUUCUGUGAAGGGAGAAAUAGCCAACUUUGAGAUCAAGGCUUCUUUUGGCAUGGAGACAACGGAGCUCUAUCCUGAUAUACACAUCCUCAUAUGCUUAUUCUUGUCAUCUACCACUGUUUCAUUCUUGGUUCUCGAGUUUCUGAGUGCAGAGUUUACCAUCACCACUAGCAGUCUGUGA